UGAUAGGACCGUCCAGCGGUCGAAGGUCAAGGACACCGCCAAAAUGCUGUGGGUUAUGAUGCUUCUGGCGCACGGCUCUCCUGUGAAUAUGUCACUCUACUGCCGAACAAAGAGGUACGAAGGGCGUCGCAUAUGUUGAACUUCAUUGUUUGAAAGUCGAAGACGAAGUGGUGAGACAAGAUGCCUGAUGGGCGACAGUUAGCAGAUUGUUAUCAAAGACGUAGCCUGAAUGGUCCAAAUGGAUCAAAGUUUGAAGAUGAAGCAUGCGCUCAGGUCUUUUCAGUCUUUUUUAGUCUUCAUUUUGGGGAUCACAACGGUUUUAUUGCCUUGUCUUGCCCUUUUCUGUCAUGUGUGCCACAGCCUUUGGUCCCACUUCGUCGGGGUAACUAGAAGCAGGACUCCAAAUCUAGGCAUGUUUAUGUCGUUUCUCAGUCGUGUGUGUGAGGCUGUAAUGCUAAACAGCUUCACUAAGCGCGCAACUCUUCGCUUGGCGGAGGUGUUGCAGAGACGAGUGCGUGGCUUGUUCAUGAAGAACGAAGUCAUACAUGAGAAACAAGACGAGGCAACAACCCCAGAAGAAUCCUUUUCGAUCGGACCUUUUACCAAUAGUCAUCACUGCGCGUUGGGAUCGAGAUUCCCUAGGUGAAAUGAGAGAAAACGGGACUUUGUGCCCACUUACUGGUUGAGAUCUGC